AAGUAUAAUGCUCAAGCUGUCAGAGUUACUGUGUGAUUUGGAGGUGGUCGCCGCAACUAGAGAAUUGUUUUCGCUGCGUUUUUCUUGCCUCUAGGCGCUUCCCCCCUGGCGGGUGGGAGUGUAGGGUUAGAGGAGCGAGAUGAGCACCAUGUUCGCUGACACACUGCUCAUCGUUUUUAUCUCCGUGUGCACGGCUCUUCUAGCUGAGGGCAUAACAUGGGUCCUGGUCUACAGGACAGACAAAUACAAGAGAUUGAAAGCAGAAGUGGAAAAGCAGAGUAAAAAAUUAGAAAAGAAGAAGGAAACAAUAACAGAGUCAGCUGGUCGGCAGCAGAAAAAGAAAAUAGAGAGACAAGAAGAGAAACUGAAAAAUAACAACAGAGAUCUAUCAAUGGUCCGUAUGAAAUCCAUGUUUGCAAUUGGCUUUUGUUUUACUGCCCUAAUGGGAAUGUUCAAUUCCAUAUUUGAUGGUAGAGUGGUAGCAAAGCUCCCCUUUACCCCCCUUUCCUACAUCCAAGGGCUCUCUCACCGAAACCUGCUAGGGGAUGACACCACGGACUGUUCCUUCAUCUUCCUGUAUAUUCUUUGUACCAUGUCGAUUCGGCAGAACAUCCAGAAGAUUCUUGGCCUUGCCCCUUCCAGAGCUGCCACCAAACAGGCGGGUGGCUUUCUUGGUCCUCCACCUCCUUCUGGGAAGUUCUCUUGAAAUCAAGGAGAACCCUUUAAUUCCUAU